AUGAACGAGGGGAAUAACCAAGUGGCUACUGCCAUUAACCGAAUGACAGAUAUUUUAGAGAGGUUAGCAGAGCGACAGGGUCCCGGACCUAUUAACCAACCCGAGGCUCAAGAUAGAGGGGAGGAUAGAGUCUUGGAGAGAUUUUUGAAAUUUGACCCGCCUAAGUUUAUUGAGGGACCUGACCCAGAGUUAGCAGAAAACUGGAUGGAGAGAAUGACUAAUAUAUUUGCCGCCUUAAAUUAUACUGAGGAGAGACGAGUGACGUUUGCUGCCUUUCAAAUUGAGAGUGCGACACUUGCUUGGUGGGAUGUGAUAAGGGGAAAAUGGAAAAGAGUGCAAAUCCCUUGGACUUGGGAAAACUUUAUAAGGGAGUUUAAUGAAAAGUUUCUUCCACCUUUGAUUCAAGAGAAACGGGAGGAUGAAUUCAUAAAGUUGAGACAGGGGGCUUCUAGCAUGGCUGAUUAUAAGGAGCGAUUUACUAAACUUUCUAAGUACCCUCCGAAAUUGGUGGCUAUUGAGCGGAGAAGGAUAAGGCGUAUUGUACAAGGACUUAAUGUGGAGAUUCAAGAGGAAUUAGCAGCAACCCAAAUUUCUACGUUCACUGAAACCUUAGAGAAAGCUCAGAGAGUUGAAAGUACAAGACUGUAA